UAAUAAUUACGGGAACAGUGUGAGACUUGGAGGGAAGCUGUCGCGACCACUUGGACUGUUAAGAGAACUAGACGACAAAAAUGGCCAACGAAAGUUUAUUGUCAAUCACAGCGCACCUUGACCCCGCCAGCCUGCACUGAGCACGCCCACCAAUUCAUGGCAACAACAGAAGACGCUUGGGCCGGCAGAAUAGAUGAUGAGACGCAGUAGGGCCGAUGGACUGCCAAACCAUUUACAUGCCCGGUUCGUCACGGACGACAGCGGGCAGACCUGUCAGGCACGAGCGCAUGCCCCACCACGAUCUUCCCUCACCGUCUCGCUCGUACGAAGAAGCUACAGCCAUGAAGUAAAAUGCAGCGGACGAACACGGACAGCGAUGUGUAUUGAUUAAAGUGUACAGUCACAUUAUCAACGAUGAGGAUGACAGCAGCGUACGUACGCCGUAAAAAUCGUUUAUGACUGAAACGAAAUGAUAGUUAAUAAAAAAAAAAAAAGCUGCGUCACCUAACUAAAUAAUAUUGUGAUAGACAACCUGGAUGUUACCAGUGUUAGUGUAGUCGUAAUGUGUCUUGUAAUUUUCACAAGAUAUCAGUGUCACUUGACGUGCCUCGCCUAACUUGUUCGGGACUUUGCGUCAUCGUCUCUCCAUCUCAACAGUCGAUCAGAACUGAUGCGAAAUGUACACGUCGCCUCGCACCUUCACACUUCACAACUCACCCAUUUUUAAGUGUGGGAUUUUUUAGAUGGCCUUUAAUGGACAUUGGAUCAAGGCGAACAAGCGUGAAUUGUGAUUUCUCUUCAGUCGGGGAAUAUCGACAUGUACACGGUAUAGCUUCUGGACAGGUUUUCCGCACUCUUUCUUAGUUUGAUUGCCGAUUGUAGGAAUUAUGUUUCUUUUCGAAGUAUCAACAAACAGCAUAUUUCAAAUACGAUGCCUUUGCUCUGUUUGACACAAUUGCAUGCUGAGGGCCUGAAAGCUCAAAUCCAAACUCCUGACUCAAACUUGAAUCAUCAUUGAACAUUAAGUCCUAUUGGGAAAAAAAUCCAAUUACGCACCAUCCAAUUACGCACCAGGCUACCGGGAACCCCGAUUCUGUCGAAGUCGACCGACUUUUUGGACAAACGAGCGCUCUCAGGAUAUGCAAGGUGAGAUGUUUGUUGCCGUUACACAAAGUGCCUUGAAAAGAGAUUACAAAACACAGAUGACCACAGUCGAUGGAUUGGUACCAUGCCGGGAUCUGUUCUGAGGUUUGUGGACGUUAUCCACCCAGAGCUCAAGAUGGAUAAUUCGGGAAAUGAGACAAUGAGCGGGUUACCGUCCAUUGUGGUAACCCGAAUAGCGGCUGGUAUCACCACCGUCUUCACGCUCUUCGGCCUGGUGGGGAAUCUAUUGGUCAUCGCUGCCGUGGCCAGGAAAAAGAAUCUACGGACUCGCGGGAACGCGUUCAUCGUCAGCUUGAGCGUAGUCGGCUUGCUGUACGCGGGCUGUGUCCUAAUUCCUGGAAUAGACACCUUGAUUUACCGCGAAUGGCGGUCCGGGGAUUUCAUGUGUGGAUUCCACACCUACUACACGCUGGCUUUCUCCUUGCUCUCCUUGCUUCAUACCAUGUGUAUAGGUCUAGACCGGCUGGUCAAUGUGGUGCUGUUCACUCGUGCCAGGAAGAUCGCCUCUCGGCGGAAUAUCGGUAUCGCCGUGGUUCUGUGCUGGUUAGUGACGGCAGGGGUUAUGAUGUGUUACCAUUUCUUCGUCGUGGCUGGCCGCAUGUACUACCUUGAGAAGGCACUACGUUGUAUCGCAAUCUACAAUGCAAGCAGCUGGCGCGUCUCUGUCGUCGUCUACUGCUUCAUCUUCAUCCUGCCCAGCAUUGUCAUUGUCGUUUCCUAUGUCACCAUUCUCUCUUUUGUGAAGAAGAAACGCAAGAGUCUUCAUAGCAAAAUGGGUGUAGCCACUCGAACCAUUGCCACAAGUGUCACCAACGGAGAAGCGAUGUCCAUCGCGGUCUGCAGUGACAACACCCGUGACAAAGUGACUUUUGCGCCUGUUGCGCUUCAGGAAGAGAAGGAGCAGAUAUUACAGUGCCCAAGAAACCCGAGUCUAGUCACAAACCCUGAAAACCCACCUGAAGUAGAUACAGGUCAGGCUGAUCAUGUUGGUGACGGUAAGGAGGUGGAUGCAGCAGGAAAGACCGGUGCUUGUGACGAGAACAAGUCCACUCCUUUGGCAGAGGUCCAUCGGUGUAGCAUUGUUGAUGCCGUUUACCAGUCAUCGGUCACCAUUAACACCGUGGAUUUCUCGCCUGACAUUCAGGAGCCAUCCUUGGAGGGACGGAAGGGGCUCGAUUUGACCACCACACAAGUUCUAGCCAGUGCUGACCGGACCGGGGAGGCUGCGUCUGGUUCUCGAUCCGGUCACGGAGGUAAAGCGCCCGGUAGGCCAAUGACUCGGCGAACACGCGUCCGGUUAUCGAGCACCGAGUCGGACAUGCAAUCAAUCCGGUCAGCUCCAAGCCAGAGUGACCUGACGCGACGCAGGGGAAGCAUCUGGCCAGGCCACAAGAGGCUUAGUGAGGUGGCCAAAACAUUAGGCCGAGGCCGAGACCGCUUCAAACCCUCAAGAAGUCGCAACGACCGUGACCUCAACCGCAUGAUGCUGGCCGUUUUUCUGGUGGUCUGGGUCGGUUACCUCCCGUACCCGCUGGUCCGAUACCUAGACAUCCCCGGAAUCGACGUAAGCAGUAACGUGUACAUGGUGGUGACCGUGACAUCUUACGUGGCCGGAUGCGUGAAUCCGAUCAUCUACGGGUUCAUGCACCGCCGAUUCCGUGCGGCUUUCAUUGAGAUGCUCACGCUGGGCAAGUGCAAGAGCAACAACAGGGUGGGUGUUAGAGGACGUGAUGGGAGCGUAUCCGGUACGGAAGGGUCAACAGCUGUGGAAAGGCGUGAGGAGGCUUAAGAUACCUCAUACAGUCAGGUUGUUCAAGACUAUAACCGUCACCCUGCCCCGACAUUGUGUUUUAUGUUGUCGUAUUUCAGAAACUUAUAGCUUUUGAAUGUUCUGAGCUCUGUAACUUUUUUUAAUCAAGUGCGUUCUCUUAUCCAAGAAAUGGCACUUACAACACGCACUGUGGAUCUAGAACAACCGUCAGCCCAUGAGGCGAUAGAUUAGAAAAGUGAACUAAAUCUAAAAAUAUGGUAGGCCUAUGUCGUUCAGGCCAUGGUAGAAAAUAAUAACAAUGGAUAUCAAUAAAAUAGAGAAAAGUUAUCGGACGAUUUACUGCACUGCAAUUCGAAAACCACAGAGGGGGCAUAGGCAGGACAUUAUUACAAUGUACUACAAUUAUUUCGUUCACUUGUGUGGCAAAUGCAACUUUGACGAAAUCUGCAAGGAGAGGGCCUGUCUUCUUACCACUUCUCUCGUCUUAUCACAAGAGGUAAGAAAACCAGCCCCUCUUUUUCACUCACUCACUCAGCCGUGGAGAAGACAGCGUUGGUCCGGCUGAAUUAAAGUUCGGUCGGUUAAGUUCGGUCAGAGAGUAGCAAGCGAAGAACGAAUAUGUUAGUCGUGUCUUCAGUUUCUUUUGCGCCUCGUUUUUUUUAUUAGGUUGUAUUUUAGGAAGUUAUGCUUAAAGAAAAAUUUGGUGAUCUUAUGGUGAAAGGGAAAAUUACUUUAAUUACGUUAAUUCUCAAUUUUUGACUCCUCGACCGAAUUAUGUAUUUCUCCGUAAUCGUUUUGCUGUUCGUGAUGUUAUAGUGUUAUGAACAUUAUAUAAAUCUUAUAUUCCAAUCAUUAAUAUGAUAAGAAGAUUAAGGCAAUUCCAAUUGUCUGCAUCAUGAAUUUUUACAGCAAACGAAAAAUAUUGACGGGUCUUUUUUGUGCAUGAAACACGUUUGGAGUUCUUAUCACUAACAUAUCUUAGGAACUAAAGGUUUUACAGUUUAUAUAGCCUACGUACGUGGUCUGUUAGCUUUCAGUGCACGGGUUAGAGCAAUGUAAACCCUUGUAUGGAUCAUUUGCACUCUAUAGCCAGCUUUCAGGUGUGUCCGUAUUGUUCAACAGGGAUACGCAUCAGUAUGGGAAAUGGCUGCUGCAUGCAUUCGAACUAUAAUUGUGUUUUGAAAACACCAGGAUUCAUUGCACAAUAUCGUUAUAAACCAAUUAAACCUUUCAAAACAGUGCAUUCAACACUCGAUUUCUUCUAUCUAAAUAAAUGAGGUCUAUAUUACCUAAGAUCGAGCUUUACAAAAAGAAUAAAUAUCACUUACUGU